AUGAAGCUAAACGCCGGAUGCUGGUUACCUUCAUCUACAACAACAACAACAACAACCGUAGCUACAACGUCAACAACUGCUGAUACUACGACUACAACAACAACCAUAGCUGCCAUAUCAACAAUUGCUGAUUCUACUACAACAACAACCAUAGCUACUAAGUCAACAACUGUUGAUCUUACUACAACAACAGCAACCGUAGCUACCACGUCAACAACUGCUGAUCUUACUGUUGCAACAACAACCGCAGCUACCACAACAACAACUGCUGAUCCUAGUACUACAACAACCUCAACUACUACAUCAACUGCUGAUUCUACUACUACUGCAACAGCAGCUACAACGUCAACAACUGCUGAUUCUACUACUACUACAACAACAAUCGCAUCUACCACGUCAAAAACUGCUGAUCCUACUACAACAACAAUCGUAACUACCCCGUCAACAGCUACUGAUCCUACUACUACAACAACAACAACCGCAGCUACUACGUCAACGACUGCUGAUUCUUCUAUUACAAUAACUGCAGCUACCACGUCAACAACUGCUGAUCUUACUACUACAACAACCGCAGCUACUACAUCAACUGCUGAUUCUACUACUACUACAACUGCAGCUACAACGUCAACAACUGCUGAUCCUACAACUACUACUACAAUAACAAUCGCAUCUACCAUAUCAAAAACUGCUGAUCCUACUGGUACAACAACCAUAGCUACUACGUCAUCAAGUGCUGAUCCUACUUCUACAACAGCAACCGUAGCUACUACAUCAACGACUGAUAAUCCUACUACUACAACAAUCGUAACUACCCGGUCAACAACAACUGAUCCUACUACUACAACAGCAACCGCAGCUACCAUGUCAACAACUGCGGACCCUACUGCUACAACAACCAUAACUACCACGCCAUCCACUGCUGAUCCUACUACAACAACAGCCGGAGCUACCACGUCAACAACUGCUGAUUUUACUUCUGCCAUAACUACCAUAGCUACCACACCAACAAUUGCUGAUCCUACUACAUCAACUGCAGCUACCACAUCAACAAUUGCUGAUUUUAGUACUACAACAACUGCAGCUACCAGGUCAACAACUUCUGAUCCUACUAGUACAAAGACAACCACAGCUCCCAGGUCAAUAACAGCAGAUACUACUACUACUACAACAACAAUAGUUGACACAUCAACAACUGAUGAUGCUACUACUACAACAACGGUAGCUACCACGUCAAUGACUGCUGAUUCUUCUAUUACAACAACCAUUGCUACCACAUCAAUAACUGCUGAUCCUACUAGUACAACAAUCGCACCUACCACGUCAACUGCUGAUCUUACUACUGCAACAACAACCGCAGCUACCACCUCAACGACUGCUGAUCCUUCUACUUCAACAACCACAGCUACCACGUCAACAACUGCUCAUACUUCUAUUAUAACAACAACCAUAGCUACCACAGCAACAACUGCUGAUCCUACUAGUACAACAACCGCAGCGACCACAUCAACAGCUGCUGAUCCUACGAUAACAACAACAACCGCUGCUACCACAUCAACAACUGCUGAUCCUUCUAUUCCAACAACCAUAGCUACCACGUCAACAAUUGCUGAUCCUACUACUACAACAACUGCAGCUACCACGUCAACAACUGCUCAUACUUCUAUUAUAACAACAACUGCAGCUACCACGUCAACAACUGCUGAUUCCACUUCUACAACAACCGCAGCUACCACGUCAACAACUGCUGAUCCUACUACUACUACAACAACAACAACAGCCGCGGCUACCACAUUAUCAACUGCGGAACUUACUACUACAACAACCACAGCUACCACGUCAGCAACUACGGAUUCUAUUGCUACGAUAACAACCCCAUCUACCACGUCAACAGCUUCGGACCCUGCAACAACAACAGCAACCGUAGCCAUCACAUCAACAACUGCGGAGCCUACUACUACAACAAUCGUAGCUACCGAAUUAACAACUGGUGAUCCUACGACAAGAACAACAACCGUAGCUACAACAUCAACAACAGCCGACCGUACAACAACCACAACCUUAACUACCACAUCAGAAACUUCCGCACCUAUAACUACAACAUCCAUUAGAAAUUCUAUUUCAUUUUUGCCGUUUAUUGUGCUGAGCACUUCAGCGGAGGCUUCCACUUCAACGACUGUUCAACCUACAACAACAACCUCGGCUACGACUACAACUGCCCAACCGUUAACAACGAGUGCGUCUAGCACAAUAGCCGAAACUAUGACAUCUACUUCUAUAAGACCUUUCACGAUAAUUAGCACUUCCUCGGCACUUCCCUCUUCAACUGUUGCUCAAUCUAUAGAAACGACUUCAACUACCGCUGCAACAGAAACAGCAACUUCCAGUUUAUGGAACGAAUUUUCAUUAUUUACCAUUUCAACUGCGGCCUUGACAACUUCUCGACCCACAACAACAGUAGCAACCGAAGCUCUUUCCACACAUACAUCGACAGGGGGCAUCACGUCAUCUACGUCAGCGUUAAGUAAUACUUCCAGCGCGUUAAAGCCGUUUACGCUGUUCGGUAUUUUAACUAGUUUGACCACAACAUCACCCAGUAUAUCAACCGAAACGCCUGCGUCAGCGUCAUCAUCCGAAUCUAUAGGUACAAGUCACCCUCCAGAGGCAUUGUUUGAAGUACUUCCAGCAGCCACAACGAUAGCGACUCCCUCAGCCUUCCUUUAUCCUUUGGUUUCCACAUCAAGCAACGUUAACUCGAAACCCGUAGAGUUCAGCAUAGUUAACCAAGCGACUGGCGGUCAUCAUUCUACCAGUAAACCAUUCCACAGUUUGCUAAAUUCUUUGCAGAAUAUAUACGCAUCGUUGGAAAAUCUGAACCAGCAACUUGGAAGUGAUAUCAGCUCCGCGAAUGUCGAGCUCAACAAACCGCAGUAUGGACUAGUCAGUAAUAACUAUUACAAUCCAUACAAUUAUUAUUCUGGUCAUUACUAUGGUGAACGACGGAGAAUAAACCCUUUCAGGGAUUUUAAAAAUCCAUUGUUAGCCAAGUAA